AUGAGCGACUACGCCUUUGCUGCUGGCGGAUCAUUGAAGUUCAAAGGUCAAGGGGAGAAGAAGAAGAAGAAGAAGUCGCAUUCAUCAAAUGAAAGAACGAAAGUAGAUUCUGAAAUACAACAGAAGGAAAAACAACGUACAAGAAUUCGAGAUGAUUCUGCCGAUAUAGAUGAUGAAGAAGAAGAUGAUGAUGACACAAAUAUCUCAGGAAGAGGGGAAAGUUCGAAAUACACGAAAAUGGAAAAUGAACAUAAGAUGACUGAAGCUGAAAAGAGAUUUUUAGAAACGCAGCGUAAGAGGAGAGAAGAACGAGUUAAAAAAUUAGCAAAGCAGACUCAUAAAGACAGAGUAUCAGAAUUGAAUGCUAAACUUGAUAGAUUAAGUGAACAUCACGAUAUGCCAAAGAUUGGUCCUGGAUAG